ACGCUUGUUUGUAACGAUCCUACCGCCAUUCGCCCCGUUUGAGCGCAGUGCCUCACUACUUCUCCAUGGAGGCCUUUAAUCCAUAGUCUCAAAUCCAUUUCCUUCCUCUCUCUCUCUCUCUCUCUCUCUUCAAGGCUUGGAAACAAGAAAACCCUAAUUAGGAGGAGGAGAUGGAGCCGGCCAAACAAAGGCGGAAAUUAGCCGAUCAAAUUGACGUAAGAGAACACGAUCCCCGAUCCCCAAUUCCCCCAUAUACCAGAGCCUCUAUAUCCCCCAAAACCAAUUCCAAUUCCACCAAUAAUGAAGAAGAAGAAGAGCAGGAGCAGGAGGAGCAGGAGCAGGAGGAGUUCAAGAGCUCUGAACUCGGGAAGUGGUCGUCUCUCACCGACGCCUUGCUCCACUCGAUCCUCCGCCGCCUCGACACCCUCGAGGACUUCUUCGCCUUCCGCGGCGUCUGCCGCGGCUGGCGCUCCCUCGCCGCCCCCUCCUCCGCCGCCCUCGCCUCCCAACCCCCUCUCAUCCUCCUCGCCCGCUGCCACAGCUGCACCGAAGCCUUGUACGACAUCGCCAGCCGCCGCCUCUACAGCCUCCACCUUCCCUGGCGCCUCUUCUCCCGCUUCUCCAUCGGCUACUCCCACGGCUUCGUCAUCACCACCACCCAGCCUCCCCUCCCCAAGCUCCUCCUCUGGAACCUCUUCACCGACGCCAAAAUCCGCCUCCCCAAAGCCCCCGAGCCCUUCGACCGCGUCAUCCUCUCCUCCAACCCUUCCUCUCCCGGCUGCCUCGCUAUAUUGUUCUCAAGAUCAGGAUCUACCGUUCAGUACUGCCAUGUCGGCGACCAUCUCUGGAAAUUAAGUUGCCGGAAUUCGCCGCGAGCAAGCGUGAUCGAUUGGUCGGUCAUCGAAGACAUGAUCUUCUUUAAGGGGAAGCUGUUUGCUCUCACCAGUGCCGAGCAGCUCGUGGAAGUCGAGCUCUUCCCGCUGCCGAAAUUGACCCUGCUGAGAGCUGAAACCGGGGCGGCCGUGAAGAGAGGGUAUGGCGAGAGGUGGCUUGCUGAGUGUGGCGGCGAGCUGCUGAUGGUUUUUGUGCGUAUCGAGAUGGUGUUCCAUGUUUACCGCUGGGACCUUGGAAGAGGUCGGUGGGUCGAGGUGUCCAGUCUGGGUGGAAAAGCAUUGUUCAUGGGGUCCCGUGGUUUUGCUGCAUCUAUUGAACCUAUGUGCUCCGAAGUCCGGGAGAACUGCAUCUAUUACGCAGGGAAUUGGAAGGACCAGUGGUUUGUGUUCUCUUUGGAGGAUAGGUCCCUUGAGUUUGUGCCUGCUGCUUCAUGCGGUUUGCUUGGGGGUCGGACUUCGCUGCCGCCUGUUUGGGUUUUCCCAAGCCUUUGCUGACUGAUUUAUGCAGCUGUGUGCGGUAUCUUGAGAGAAUAAAGGAGAGAAAGAAAACUUAUUAAAGUUAUAGUUAGUAGUCUUUUACAAAUUAAAUAUUUACUCAAUGGGUUGCUCUGUUAUUUUUCAUCUUGUAAUUCACUAUAAUUAUCUUGUUAUAUGACUCUAAAUAUUUCUUCUGUAUGUCAUGCGGUAUUUCUUAUUGUAUUUAAUUAAAUUAUUAAACUUCUUGCGCAAAUGCACCAUGAAAUGAGGGAUGUUCAAUUGUUAUCUGAAA